AUGCCCUCCCGAUCUUCCUCCUCGCGCCUCGACGCCGGGCCGUUAAACUCGAAUCCGCCUAAUGUUCCACCACCAGCGGGAGCCGCCCACGAACAUGCCCCAGCCCAACCCAGCGGUCUCCGACAGAGCUACACUGUCUCGUCAUCGUACAGCUCGAUCUCGGACUUUGAGCGCGGCGGCGGUGGCGAUGAGGACAACGGCGCUGGGCCAAGUGGUGGUGGUGACAGGACAGUCCGCUUCGGCGCUGCUCCGAACGAGAGAACCGGCCUUCUCUCCCGUGAGCACGGCCACGGCACCUUUACCGCAGCCCGGGGAACCAUGAGCCCCAGCAACGCCAGUGACGCCGACUCGCUUCCCGGCUUCGCCUUUGACACACCAACCGACACCGACCUCGACUUCUCCGCCUACGACUCCGAGCCAGCCUCGCCAGCCAACGGUGAAGGGCCAGCAUCAGGAAAACCCAAGAAGCGAAAGAGCUGGAAACGCCACCUCUCGUCCCGCAUCACCACCCAGAAGAUAAACACGUCGAGAGAUCUUGCCCGCCGUCAUGGUGUUAAGGACACCCCCGGCAUGUACCUCUCUUACUACCUGCCCGUUUUGGUCUGGGCUCGGGAGUACAGCUGGUCUUACUUCAAAGGCGACUUCAUUGCCGCUCUGACAGUAGCAGGCAUGUACGUCCCCAUGGCGCUCUCUCUCGCCGAUAAUCUCGCCCACGUCCCGGCCAUCAACGGCCUAUACUCCUUCGUCUGGAACCCGCUCGUCUACGCGUUGUUGGGGUCCUGCCCGGCUAUGAUUGUCGGUCCCGAAGCAGCUGGUAGUCUGUUGGUGGGCACAGCGGUGAAAGCUAGUGUCGAUCUGGGAAGGGGAGGGGACGAAGACGGCGUGCUCCAUGCCAAGAUCUGUGGAAUUGUUGCUGGUAUGGCUGGCGCCAUGGUCUUCGCGGCUGGAGUGGCGAGGCUGGGCUUUUUGGAUAGUGUUUUGUCCAGGCCGUUUUUGCGGGGAUUCAUCUCCGCCAUCGGUGUCGUCAUUGCCGUUGAUCAGCUCAUUCCGGAACUUGGACUGAAUCAUGUCGUUGCGAAGCACCCCGGUGUCGGCCACGGGAGCUCGGUAGAGAAGCUGAGGUUCAUCUUUGGAAACUUGGACAAGGUGCACACGCUGACGGCGAUUGUGGCCGGCACGAGCUUCCUGGUUAUCAUGGUUUGCAGGGAGAUCAAGAGAAGGAUGCAACCAAGGUACCCGGGCGUUGCGUACGUGCCAGAUCGAUUCUUGGUUGUGGUGUUGGCGUCGUUUUUGGCUUACUGGUUCGAGUGGGAUAAGAAGGGCGUUGCGGUGUUGGGGACCGUGGAGGCGGCAAGCCACCAAACGUUCAAGUUCCGGUGGCCGUUCCAGCCUAGCAAUAUGCAGCUCAUGAGGGACUCGAUGGGCACGUCGUUCCUGAUUGCCCUGCUGGGUUUCUUUGAGAGUUCGGUCGCGGCCAAGAGUAUCUCGAGCAGCGAGCCGUUUGCUGGCGUUCAGCUGAGCGCGAACAGGGAACUGGUGGCUUUGGGCGCGGCGAACUUUGUGGGAGCGUGCUUCAUGAGCUUACCUGCCUUUGGAGGGUACGGGAGAAGCAAGGUCAACAAGGCUACUGGUGGAAAGACGCCUAUGAGCUCCAUUAUCCUCAGUCUCUUGACUUUGUUCACCAUCUUGUUCCUCCUUCCCUAUCUCUACUAUCUUCCUAAACCCGUCCUCUCGUCCCUCAUCAGCGUCGUAGCCUGGUCCCUUAUCGAAGAAUGCCCUCACGACAUUACAUUCUUCCUACGCCUGCGCGCCUGGCCCGAACUGGCACUAAUGUCCAUCAUUCUCCUCUCCACCAUCUUCUUUUCCUUGACCCUCGGCAUGGCCAUCGGCGUCGGUCUCUCCCUCCUACAAGUCAUCCGCAACGCUACCCGGCCACGCAUCCAGAUCUUGGGUCGCAUCCCGGGCACCAACCGGUUCGAAAACGCAGAAUUCUUCUCUGACUCGCCAGACCGCUUGGAGUUCAUCGAUGGCUGUCUGAUCGUAAAGAUCCCCGAACCAUUGACGUUUGCCAACACCGGCGAACUCAAGUCCCGACUGAGAAGACUGGAACGCUACGGAACCAACGAGGCCCACCCCGCUUUGCCGAGACUGAGGCAGGAAGACAGUAAUAAGAACAUUAUCUUUGAUGUCCAUGGUGUGACAAGCAUGGAUGGGAGCGGCACGCAGGUGCUGGAGGAGAUUGUCAGGGGCUAUAGAGAACGAGGCGUAAGGGUGUUCUUUAGUCGGGUUCCCGGAGGCAGGGAUAGUAAGGACAGUGAGGUGUGGAAGAUGAUGGAAAGGAGCGGGAUUGUGGAGUUGGUCGGAGGAGAGGGGCAUUUUGUUAGUGAUGUGGGGGAUGCGUUGAAGAUGACCGAGGUGGAAGGGGAGGAGUGA